AUGCUAGAGCUCCGAAACAAGGCCGCGAAGAUAGCGGACGCGGGCUCGACGAAGAUCACGAACACCCGCGAUCGUAUGCAGAGCCAGCCGAGCAAGAAGAUCAACUGGGACGCCGACAUCAAGUCCAAGCCUCCCCCGCCGCCGAAGCCCCCUAGGCCCCCACCCCCGCCAUCGCGGAUUGGCUCAACGAAUAGCAGCGAACGGUCACUGCCCGCCUCCAGCUCCGCAAAGGCGCCAGUACCGCCCGUCCCGUUGAGACGGGCUGGCUCGUCCGCGGCGCCUCCUCCCUCACUUUCGCGGUCGGACAGCGUCGUCAGCUACUUGAGCGCCGCACCGAGCGGGCCUCCCCCGACCAUCCGCAGAGACACUCGUCCAGAUGCCGCCGCAUCAGCUGUUGGGAAGAGCAGCGAGACGAUGCCGCCGCCGCCGAGGAUCGUGGAGCCGCGGGCGAGCCAUGGGGCUGACGUCGACCGGAUCGACUGGACAAAUCUGUCGCCCGAGGACAAGCAGGAGCUGUUCACCUGGCUAGACGAGUUCUUCUCGCGGCACCUCAACGUCGCGAUCUCGCAUCGCAAGGGGGAAGAGACCUUGAAGCACGUCCAAGUUCCUCCCGGGGGGCGCACUCCUUCUCCAAUGAAGGGACCUCCUCCCAUCGCGAGGAUCUCACGACCAAAGACGCCUCCACGGCCAGCACAGUCAGCGGGUGAAUUCAUCUCAUCCUAUCCGCCUCCGUGCACACGAGGCUCCGCCGCGGAAGACCUAGCCUACUACUUUCAUCCGUCGACGCACUGGACCGACGCCUGGUACACCUCCGACAACCUGUGCGCCCCGCCGGUGCGCGGCAACGGCCACACCGCCUCCACCUUCUCCUGGUCUCACGACGGGCGCACCAAGACGGUCACCGGCGGGGUCCUCUUCAGCGACCUCAGCAUCUGCUUUUACACCGUCUCCUGGCCGCUCCACGCCCCGCCCACAGACCCGAACGCCGCGCAGCGCAGCGCGCGCUACCUCCCGCGGCCCGCGCCCUGGCCGCGCGACGCGCUCGUCGACGCGCACGCACAGUACGGCGAGACCGUCGCCGCGUACGCGGAGAGCUUCGAGGGCACCGGCCAGCCGUGCGCGCGCGGCGAGUGCUGGGACCUCGCCGCGGAGGCCCUCAAGGCCUUCGACGCGUACGACUACGUGCCCCCGCCGGUGAAGAGCGUCGCGCGCACGCACGGGCACCUCCUCUUCGCCGGGCGCGCCGCGGACAAGGGCGCGGUCAUGCGGGGCGUCUGGCGCGGCGGGGACGACCGCGUGCGCCGGGGCGACGUCGUCGAGUGGCGGAGCGCGCGGUGCGGGGUGGGCGAGCGCGCGUGGGCGGUCCUCGGGAACCCGGAGCACACCGCGGUGAUCGUCGCGGACAUGGUGCCGCGCGUGGCGGUGAGGGACGGGAUGGCGGUGAAGCCGUCCGAGCUGGGCACCUUGGUGGUGGUCGAGCAGAGCCAGGGCAGUCCGCCGAAGCGGGGGACGUACGAUUUGACGCGGUUCGAGGAAGGUGAGAUAUGGAUAUACCGGCCGGUUGGGAUGGAGGCGUACGUUGGGUGCAUGCUUGCGCCAUCGUGUCCUGAGGGAUUGGCUGCGAUUAGCGUAUAA